UUUUUUGCCAUCUGAGUCGUUCUUCUUGAGUCCACUCGCAGCCCCCCGUACGACUCGAUCAUAAUGGCAGUCGACUGUGAGAUGCCGAGCCCUUACCGACGCAGCCUACUCCACAAGCUCGAGGAAGGCUUCAACGUCGAUGUAGACAGUAUCGAUCCUUCUGCCGCCAAGGCCAUGCCGUUCAAGCCUCAUAACCAGACGUCCAAUCAAUUCAUCGUCGGGCAAGCAUUGUCUCGGCCCGAGAACCAGGAACUCAUAAUCGAAACCGUCAAAGAGUUUGAAGCGCGAGGUUGGGAGUACGUCCUGGAUCGCGUCUCCGUCAGACUAUGUCGCCAAAACAUUCCCAACCUUCUCGACAGGGUCCUGCUGCAGACCUCGCCGAGGUUCGCCUACGACACCGAGGCGACUAUCGACCACGCUCGACGGUUCGCUAGCAUGUUUGAGGAGGAAGGGAUCGAUCGCACCCGUUUCUGUCUCAAGAUCCCUACGACGGGUCCGGGGAUGGCCGCUGCCACAAUCCUGAACCAGGAAGGCAUCAGGACGCUAGGCACGAUGGUCUUUUGCCUACCUCAGGCGGUCGGCGCCAGCCAAGCAGGAUGUCUGUAUAUCAGUCCUUAUUAUAACGAGCUCGCCGCGUUACUGGACAAGAGCUUGCAUGUGGAGUACCAAGACACGGCCACGCAACACCCAAUGUCGUACCGAGUCAGGCAGAUGAUCGAGACAUAUGCCAAACUCGCUCGGGAGUCGGGCAAGGAACAACCUGGAAUCAUCGUCGCCGCGAUGACUACGGUCAAGGAGGUCGUGGCUGUAGCGGAACUGCAAGCCUUCGGAGUGACUCUCUUUCCCGACCUCCUCGUGGAAUUAGCAGAGACAAAGGACGAAUCUCUCCCACCCUCCGUGCCACGCGGGGAGUACUCUUACCUCGACCUGGGCCCUACCCCUGAACGUCUCGUCGGCCUAUGUCAAUCUGAUCCGCUCAGCAACCAGCCAUUUGACGCUCGAAGAGACUAUACUCAGGUGGACCUUCUUGCGAACGACGGGAAAGCGUUGGAUCAGGCCGUCGAGGAGGACGAAGCCAGUAGGAAGAGGUUGGAAUAUGCGAUCAGGUUCUUCAUCGAAGCCGAAGAACGGGCAAAGGCCGUGAUCGAGGGGUUGAUGCAAGGGUAGAUACGGACAUUUGCAGCGAGGAUUUUGCAGAGAGGGUUUUCACCGAACAUUGCAGGGCCAGGGAUUCGUGAUUGUAGUCGAGGGUGUUGUCUAAGUUGAAGUUGUAAUGGAUGUCGUUAUGAAGAUAGCCAUGAGCACACAGACUG